AUGGUUAAAAAAAUUCUCAUAACUGGAGCAUCUGGUCUGGUAGCUGGUAUCCUAAUAAAUCAUCUGUCAAAAAAUCCCAACUAUGUUAUUUAUGGUAUGGAUAAACAUGUUGGACUGUCGAUGCGUUAUACGCUUGAAAAUACACCAAUAGCCGAAGGUCAGCAACCAAUACUACCAACAAAAGAAAAGUUUUAUGUAUGCGAUAUCACUGAUGGAUAUCAAAUUUCGCAAAUUAUUCAAGAUAAUCAAAUUAAUAUUAUUAUUCAUUUGGCGUCACUUCUAGAAACAGAAUCAAUUGAAAAAAUCAAUCAUAUUAAUUGUCAGGGUACCGAAAUUCUAUUUGAUGCAGCAAUUAGACAAGAACAUGUUGAAAUGAUUAUAUAUGCUAGUUCGGUCAUGACUGUUUUUGGAUACUUAGAAAGUGAACCUUAUUCAUCAUUGGCAAAAAAUAUUCAACCAAAACAGCCGUUAAAAAAAAUAACAAUCAAAGAUAUCCCAAUACCAUCACACUUCAAUCCAUCGUUUGAAGCAUACUGUAACAGUAAAAUAUUCUGUGAAGAAUUAUCAAAAAAACAUUCAUCAGGUGCAACUACAAAUGUUAAAUUUAUUUGUGCAAGACUUGGCUGGAUAAACACUACUGAUGACAUAAACUGUGAUUUGUAUGAUUGGUCUGAUAAGUCGAUAUGGUGUAGUCAUCGAGAUUUAUGUCAAUUUAUUGAUCGAGUAUUAGAAAAUCAAUAUAUAUUGAGAAAGUUUGAAAUUUAUUUUGUUUCUUCAAAUAAUGAUUAUUGUUGGGUUGAUAUGGAUAAUAGUCGCGAAGACUUGAAUUUUGUGCCACAGGAUGGUGCUAAAUGGAAAAACACAUGA